AUGGAGCUGGGCUCGCUGGUGCCUUCUGGGAUGUUAAGCGCCCGGGGGGGCUGUCUGAGACCCCUGUGCAGGAAUUUUGCCAUUGGCUCCUGUCGAUGGGGCCAGAACUGCCGCUUCUCGCACGACAGAAAGUCAGCCCAGGUCUGCAGGUACUUCCAGAGCGGGUUUUGCAGCUAUGGAGAGCGGUGCAGCUACCAGCACAUUCAAGAGGAGCUGAUGCCUGUGGGGACCCACUACUACCCCGUCCCCUCUGGCCACUGGGGCUCAGAGCCCAGCAGUGUGCCUGCAGCAGUGGCUCAGGGCCAGGGGAGAGCCUACCGCAGCUCAGCCCACCUUGUUCCCAGCAUGAUGCGCGUGGCCUUCAAGUUCCCAGGCGUGGAGGUUAAGGAGGAAGAGAAAGACAAGGAAAACAUCCCAGCACCUGAUAACGUCCCCCAUGGGGCCAUUGGUGGAGAAUUUGUCCCCACAGGAACUCGAGGUGCCUCAGGCUCCCAACCACGAAGGCUGGGACCAGAUCCAAAUUCUCCUGACCCCAGAGAGGCGGCGGUGGAGACAGCAACAUGGACUGACCCUGCAGAGGUCCUUACAGAGCCGGGUGCUGGAACAGUCCCGGUCUCCAUCACAGCACUGAGGGCCCGGAGCAAGGCCAUGGUGUGUGGCAUCUGCAUGGACCGGGUGUAUGAGAAGCCGCUGCCAGAGGAGCGGCUCUUUGGGAUCCUCCCGAACUGCGGCCACGCAUAUUGCGUGGGCUGCAUUCGCAAGUGGCGUCGCAGCCGGGACUUCCAGAGCACAGUCAUCAAGGCCUGCCCCGAGUGCCGAGUCACCUCCAGUUACUACAUCCCCCACAAAUACUGGGUCUCAGAUGUGGGUGAGAAGGAGAAGCUCAUUGAAACCUUCAAGGCGCGGACAGGGAAAAUCAGGUGUAAGUUCUUUGUCCGUAACCACGGCCGCUGCCCGUUCAAGUCAGACUGCAUCUACCUGCAUGAGCUGCCCACUGGACGGCUGCCACAGCGCAGACAGCAGCGGCCGAGGAUGCCUGUCGUAAGUGGAGCGGUGUGUCCCAGAGAGCUGGGCCCUUCUCCUUCGGAGAGCUCUGACGAGGAGGACGAGGAGCUCUGCAUGCUCGAAUGGGCUCUCACCGUGGCACUGAUGGAGACAGACUUUCGGUACUCGAGUUACGGCCGUGAGAUGCUCUUCACGGACUUCAGUGACUCAGACUAA